CAUCCGCCAUUUUUCCUUUUGCUGCUUCUGCUUCCUGAGCCCGUCUUUGAGCCGUAGGUGAUGGAGAGCCCUGGCCUCUCUCUCCAUGCAGAUUCCAUGUUGAGAAACCGUCACCACUCUGUGGACUCUGGAUUGGUGACACUCAAAUCCUAGUUUACUCAGCUCCAACCUUGGGCAAGUUAAACGUUUUGUGCCUGUUUUCUCAUCUAUAAGAUGGGUGUCAGACUCAACUAUGUAAAUUCAUGUCAGGUGCUCCCAACAGUGUCUGGCGCGGUCCGGACGUCUGCUCUCAUUACUGUGGUGCUUGCUAUCAUACUGUCACAGCGAGGACUUUGUUGCUGCCGUUGCCAUGCAAGCAUCCCCCAUCAUUGUCCUCGAUGCUGUACUGUUCCACCUUUCAGGGUGAGUAACGAGCCACCCAUUUGCCAGAUGAGGCCACCACGGCCCAGGGAGCGCGCCUGGCCGAGGAGCCCACCCUUCCCGGCGCCCCCCUGACGCGGCUGCCCGCUUCUCGUCUCCGCAGGUUCGGGGCGCCCGCCCCCCACUAGGACAAGUGGAGGGGGUGCCCCCGCCCAAUGGGCCUGGCCAGGGCCCUGCGCCGCCUUAGCGGCGCCCGGGAGCCCAGGGAGGGCCGCGCCGGCGAUGAGGAGGAGGAGGAGGCCGGGCCGGGGCUGUGCCGCAACGGGUGGGUGCCGUCGCCGGCGGGGCGGCGCCGCGGGCGCUUCGUCAAGAAGGACGGACACUGCAACGUGCGCUUCGUGAACCUGGGCGGCCAGGGCGCGCGCUACCUGAGCGACCUGUUCACCACGUGCGUGGACGUGCGCUGGCGCUGGAUGUGCCUGCUCUUCUCCUGCUCCUUCCUCGCCUCCUGGCUGCUCUUCGGCCUGGCCUUCUGGCUCAUCGCCUCGCUGCACGGCGACCUGGCCGCCCCGCCGCCCGCGGCGCCCUGCUUCUCGCAGGUGGCCAGCUUCCUGGCCGCCUUCCUCUUCGCGCUGGAGACGCAGACGUCCAUCGGCUACGGCGUGCGCAGCGUCACCGAGGAGUGCCCGGCCGCCGUGGCCGCCGUGGUGCUGCAGUGCAUCGCCGGCUGCGUGCUCGACGCCUUCGUCGUGGGCGCCGUCAUGGCCAAGAUGGCCAAGCCCAAGAAGCGCAACGAGACGCUCGUGUUCAGCGAGAACGCCGUCGUGGCGCUGCGCGACCGCCGCCUCUGCCUCAUGUGGCGCGUUGGCAACCUCCGCCGCAGCCACCUGGUCGAGGCGCACGUGCGGGCCCAGCUGCUGCAGCCUCGCGUGACCCCGGAGGGCGAGUACAUACCACUGGAUCACCAGGACGUGGAUGUGGGCUUUGACGGCGGCACCGAUCGAAUCUUCCUCGUGUCUCCCAUCACCAUCGUGCACGAGAUUGACUCUGCCAGUCCUCUCUAUGAACUAGGACGUGCCGAGCUGGCCCGGGCUGACUUUGAGCUGGUGGUCAUUCUCGAGGGCAUGGUUGAGGCCACGGCCAUGACCACACAGUGUCGCUCCUCCUACCUCCCUGGUGAGCUGCUCUGGGGCCAUCGUUUUGAGCCCGUCCUCUUCCAGCGCGGCUCCCAGUAUGAGGUUGACUAUCGCCACUUCCACCGCACUUACGAGGUCCCAGGGACACCGGUCUGCAGCGCCAAGGAGUUGGAUGAACAGGCCGAACAGGCCUCCCACAGCCCCAAGUCUAGUUUCCCCGGCUCUCUGGCUGCGUUUUGUUAUGAGAAUGAACUUGCGCUGAGCUGCUGCCAGGAGGAAGAGGAGGAAGAGGAGGCCAAGGAGGGGGAUGGGGUGGAGGCAGAAGAUGGGACUGCCAGCCCCCAAGUACUAACACCAACCCUCGCACUGACCCUGCCCCCGUGAUGCCAGCUGGUGUCUCCCUAUAUGUACCCCCUUCCCAGAGAUAGCAAGAUGGAGAGUUCGGGCCCUCUCCUGGGAUGGGGGCAGGUGUUUCCCAAGACCGACAAGCCUGCUGGCUAAAUUAUUAGCUGGUGAAGUUCUGCCAUGCGCAGUGGACCCACCACAGACAUACUGGAUCUUAAUCUCUCUGCAGUCCGUGCUCCUUCCUAAGACCCCUUUAUCAGCCUGAUUACUGAGCCUCUCCAGAGCUUCAGGAUCCAGAAUUCCAGACCACCCAAGAGGCAAGGACUUGUGGUUCUAGAUUCUUCUAUGUGGCUGGGUUGUGUUGUUGAGCAGGGUCAGGAAUCAGUGGUAUAUACUGCCUCCGGGUACAGCAAGGAGAUUAAGAGUGUGUAGGUCUGGAUUGACCUAAGAUUCAAGGGACUGUUGCUUCUUGCCUCAGCUAACCAAGUAGCAAAUCAUUUUUUUUUUCUAGACCACGUAAGGAGGGAAGGUUAUGGAAUGCCCCAAGAAUUCAAGAUGAUCUUUAUUAACCAAUGACAAAGAUGGUUGAAGGCAGGUCAAGAAAAGAACUUGUGGUUUCAGAAGGCCCAAGAGUUAAGAUUCUGUGAAUCUGGAUUGGCCACAGAGGCAAGCACUGGUGGUUCUAGAACGUGUUGAUUAGAAUGUUGAGCUACUGAGGAAGCUAAAGAGUCAUGUUUCUAGAAUGCACAAUUAGUGUCUGUGGGUCUGGAAGCGUGACAGCGACAGCUUGGGAGUUCUUGAUAUUAGAUAACUCCAGGCCAGGCCACUAGCCGUAGAACAUCAAACCAAGGGGUUUGGGUCCAUGGGUCCAGGGGAUAAUCAAUGCUUCUUUAUGACCCACAGUGUUUUUUUUUUUUUUUUUAAAGUGCCAUUCUAGAAUGUCCAAAGGAAUCCGGAUUCUGUGGCUCUAGAUUGAUCACAGAGUCAAGGAAGGAGAGGCGAUGCUAGAUGGCUGAGAUUGGCCGGUUCCAGUUUGCCCAGUGGAGUUGAGAAUCUUGAUGAUUCUUUGUGGUUCUGUAAUGCCAAAAGGAAUCAAGGCUCCAGGGAUCCAGGGUUGUCCAUUAUUAAAACCUGGAAGGUCUAAGCAGCACCUAGAACUUGGCAGUUCUGGGAGGGGGACUCGGGACUUGAUUGGCAGCAUUUCUGGACUGACCCAGAAAGGGAGGGCCCAGACAAGACCCUGUGGAUAACAGG